AUGAAGCCAUUUUGUUGGUGGGCAAUUGAUUUGGUAACGGCAAUGAAAUUUCAACUUUACCGGAACGGCAUGUCAUCUUUGCUGGAACAUAAUAUAUAUUUGAAAUGCAGCCAGGCUGUUUCCGGAUUUCAUGGUUUCUCAUUUAUGAAUCUAACUACCGAUAUCCCUUAUAUCGAUUUGAAAGUGAGUAAUAAAAAACUUGAAAUUGAAGAACGACAAAAAAUUCUUAUCGAAGUUAUAUAUUACUGUUGUAAAUCAUGCGAACGAUAUGAGGAUAAAACAGAUGAAGAAAUAAUCGAAGAUCUUGCCACCGUAUUCUACAAGCGUCGUCUGACGGAUUCAAAUAUUACUGCAGUAGCAACAUUUCAGAAUAAUUCCGGUUACUGCAUUAAUGUUGAUGGCGAAAAAGAAAUGAGUGAUGUGUCGUGUAUGUUUAUGCUUGAUGUAAAUACUCCAGCGAAAGUGCAUUUCGGCGCAAUGCGAUGGAAUAUGAUCGACUUGCUGAAGCAAUCAUCAGAACGUGAAAAUAAUUCACUAGUAGCCUUAGCUUUGCGAGGCCAUUUUUGUUCAACACACAGUGUUUCACAAAUUCCGGAUGGUGAAUGUAUCCGGUAUGCAUCAGUAAAGGAAUAUUUUGUACUCUGUUGCUGUUAUGAGAAACCGGAACUUUGUGCAUAUACAAUAUCUAACAAAUCGAUAAGUUAUGUGAGAACGAACCGUGAGAUCUGGAAAACAAACAUCGAAGUACGCAAUUUUCAUUUAGCUAAUCAAUUACGCACAAACGUAUAUGGUGCAUCAGCAAGCUCUUGGACAUAUCGAGAUUUCAUCUACAGUAAACUAACAGCAUUUGGUAAUCAGAAAGAAUUUUCGACCACUCGUAAUGUUCCACUUUGGCAUUGUGCUGUUGGUCAGUUCAUGGUGUACAGUACUGAAAAUAUUACUUCUUCGAUAGAACUGCACAGGUUGAAGCGGGAAGAUUUACCACUUCGUAGUAAGCAUUGCAUUGCUGAUUUUUGGAUUGAAUUCAUGGAAGGUCAAACAAAAAGUAUAUUUUUCGAUGCAAAAGCAGAUACGGAAGGUGAAUGUAAUUCAGUGAAAAGCGUUUCUUGUCAAUUAGUUGGACCGAAAUGUCUCAACGAUUUGUUGCACGUCUCGCAUAAUAAAGCACAGUAUCGAUGUUGUUGUAAUCGUGGAAAUUUAUGUAAUCAUUGGGGCAAUAAUAACGUCGCCAAAAGCAAAUAUCAAAUUGGUCUAAAACCAAAAGAUUUGAAAAAUGUUGUAUUUCGAUGUCAUAUUAGAGCGAUAGCAUAUUUGACCCAAGUUUUCAUGAACCGCACUAAUAAUGAUUUAUCAGAGACAUGUUGGCGAUCAUUUGAUUUUCAUUUCGAGCAAGAAAUUCUUAUGAUUGGUGGAGUUUCUUAUCAGUUAACGUUGAUUUAUCGAGUAGCACGUAAGGUAUUCCCCAACCAAAAUUUGGUUUGUGAAAUAUUAAAUGCGUUCCCAUUACGGCCACAGAAUUGUCAUCGUAAGGAUUAUAUACAUCAGCCUAUCACUUAUCAGUUUUUCAAAUGUGAAUGCAAACAGGAAACGUCAUAUUUGGAUUUUUUUCUCAAUUUAUUUUUCGGUCAGCAGAAGGAAGUUAAAACUUGUGAUGAAAAGAUGCCCAGUUAUUUCAAGGAGUACAAAAACACUCUUACAAGACCAACUUGUUACGAAUCGUACAAUGCGAGUGGACCAUUAAAGAUUGAUUUGUAUUCAUUUAAUCGAAAUGUUAAUUUUACUGGUAUUUUAAUCAGAAGAAUUGUAACAAAUAGCACUCCAAUUUGUGUUACUUUUGUUAAAAUUAGCACAGAAAGUAUUUCAUUUGGUAUAUAUGCAUUACGUCCAGCAAAAACGAUAACUGAAAUUCAAAAUUCAAAACGUUUUAUGUUAUUUAGACGUCGUUUAAGUAGUACAUUUGUACAACGAUGUCAAUCGAAUUCAACAAAAUCAUGCAAUGAUUUUAAAAAUUUGAUUGAACAUUUGCUACCAUCGGCAUUACAUGUCUAUGCAAGAGAUAGGGAACCAUCUGGUUACUCUAAAUGUUAUAUUACGGAUGACUUACAACGAAUAAAUUGUAAAACAAGUUUGGGAUGCUUUGAUUUUCACUCUUUCAACGGUGAAAGACAACGUGGAUGCAUCGAUGAUAUACCGAAAUUAAUAAAUAAAAAACCAGAAUUAACAGUGCUGAACUAUUGCAAGCACGUGAAAUUAUGGAAAACUCGGUCAUAUAUAUGUAGCGGCGGUUGUUCUACAAAUCCGCUUAUAAUGCACUCACCGCUAUCAACGAAUGAUGAAAGUCAAGAAUGUGUGAAUAACAAUAAUGAUGGUCAUGGAGUUCAUCUGAUAUAUUCGGAAUAUGAUUGCCCUCCAUCGGAAACUGAUGUUGAAGUAAUCGAAGGAGCUCAACAUUAUUGGUGGCAAAGUUCAAAAUCGAGUGGAAGAGAAGUGUGUCUCGUUUACUCCGAUUACGAUGAACCAUCUUCCGAGACAAGCGUUGAAAUGAGCCAAUUAUUUCACGAUAAAAAAACUGAUGGUCGUGAAGUUCGUCUAAUUUAUUCUGAAUACGAUGAGCUUCCAUCAGAGACAGAUGUUGAAUAUGACGGACGUCCAUGGUGCUCUAUUUUUGGUAAUCCGGCACUUUGGAAAAUUCGAGAUGAAGGUCGUGAAAUGCACUUAAUCUAUUCUGAUUAUACAGAACCGAAAUCUGAAGCAGCUGUUGAAAUUGAAUAUGACAGUGAUUUACAAACCUCCGAUGAAGAGCUACAUACAGGACGUCCACCGAAAUUUCGCUCCAUGUAUUUUAGAGAUUCGCUAGAAUUGAUUGAACAAAGUUCCGCUCCUGUACAGAAAUCUGUAAUGCCGGUCCAGUAUCCCGAUAAUAUGGAACAACUGCUUGCAUUUGCGGAUAGCAGUAUCAACGAGAACUCUGUUCUUGGAUAUCUUGAAAGUCAGGAACUGAACACAGGCAUGAACCAUAGUGGACCAGACCUAUACGACAGUAUAACAUCAUCAGCACAGGUCGCCAUGAAAUCAGGAAAGUCGCUUGGAAGUAAUCGAAGGCAUUACUUGCAGCGUAGCAAUUGUUUUGAGUGUGAAACGUUGAUAAUGAAUGUCACGGAGCUAAAUGAAAGCCAGAGGGAGUAUGAAAUUUCGAAGCCUCACCGAUAUGGAUUCCAGACCACAUAUUUUAAAGAUGGUAAAAGGAAAAUUGAUUACGUUUUGACCUAUGAGUGUAGUGAAAUGGAUGGUGAGGAAGAAUCCAGCAGUGUAAAUGACAUAGAAGAUAGCACUUAUGUAAGAUCGAUAGAGGAGAAAAAAGUAAAUAAACGCCUACAGUACGAGGAAAAUUUAAGACAGCUGGGAUUGGAAUUAGAGCACGUUGAAGGGAAGUAUUGCAAAAAAACUCACUUUGUAUUAGUUCAUGCGCCAUUUUUAUUGCUAAUGAAACAAGCUGAAAGUCUUUGUUUGAAAAUGCCAGUGCUACAAAGCGAUGUGAAAGAACGAACUGUCUUGGAAGGAAUAUUGGACAAAUUUAUGAAAAGAUUUCGUUUUUUAACAUUUGAUGAGAAGACAAAUGAACGAUUAAAAGAACCAAAUUAUUUUACAGCCCCUUUUAUGGCUGCUCAUUUAGAUUGUUAUGUUGGCCAUGAAAACCCGAAUACAUUCUUUGAUGAUUCGGAGCGAAGUCGAUUAGUAUAUGACUUGUUGAUUCGAACUAAGUAUGAUACAUGUGAAGCUGAAAAAUAUCGAGUUGGCAUACAACGUUUGAUCAAGAAUGGUACAUAUACAUCAGCUUUUCCGCUGCAUGAGGACUGCGACUGGAAUGUGUAUGACGCUGAUAGAAGUACCGAUCGUGAGUUUUUAUACUGGAACUGGGCUCGUAUUACAAACAUUUACAAAUAUCAGCCACUUUGGCUAAUAAAGAAAUAUUUUGGCUCGAAGAUUGGAUGGUAUUUUGCUUGGUUAGGUUACUAUACGAAAAUUUUAGUUUUUGCUUCUAUUAUCGGCAUUUUAUGUUUUAUUUAUGGAAUAGCAACGAUUUCAGAGGAUAUACCGAGUAACGAUAUUUGCGGUAAUGAUGGAAUUGGUGCUGAAGUGAUAUUGUGUCCAAAUUGUGAUAAGUACUGUGAUUACACUCGACUUAAUUCCAGUUGCAUAUAUUCAAAGCUAUCAUAUAUGUUUGAUAAUACGUCGACUGUUAUAUUUGCCGCCAUAAUGAGUAUAUUUGCAACACUCUUUCUGGAAGGAUGGAAGAGAUAUCACGCUGAAGUGGCCUGGAAAUGGGGCUUGCUUGACUUUGAAGUUGACGAGGAAACAGUUAGGCCUGAAUAUCAGUUGCGUGUUAAAAAAUCGAAAACAAUGCGAAUCAAUCCUGUUACGCAGCAGCUCGAGCCUUAUUUAACAUUGCGUUAUAGUUUGUCAAGCGUGCCUGGACGACGCUAUUUUGGUUUGCGACCAGAAGAGUGUGAUCCAGCUGGUUGUAUGGUCGAACUUGUAAUACAGUUGGCAAUCAUUAUGUGCGGUAAACAAUUCUGGAAUGGCUUUAUGGAAUUUGCAUGGCCAUUGCUUAUGACUUGGUUACGCUCGCUGCAGUUAUUGGGAGCCAAAAAGCAACGAGAUAAAACAACAAAGCAUGAAUUGGUCAGUAAUGUAUUGAAUAGAAAGAAUAACAUAGCUAGAUGGGAGCAAGAUUAUAUACUCAAUCCCACAUAUGAACAGUUCUUAUUUGAUGAAUACUUGGAAAUGGUGAUACAAUUUGGUUUUGUGACUCUUUUUGUAUCAGCCUUUCCACUUGCACCACUUUUCGCUUUGCUGAAUAAUAUCUUUGAAAUUCGGGUUGAUGCAUACAAAUACGUGGUUGCCACUCGGCGGCCCAUGCCGGAACGAGCACGUGAUAUUGGUAUUUGGCUGCCUAUUUUAAGCAUGAUUAGCAGAGCAGCGGUUCUGGUUAAUGCUUGUAUCAUAGCAUUUACGAGUGAUUUUAUACCCCGUUUUGUUUAUCGGUUUGUGUAUAUGCAUGAUGAAUUGUACGGAUAUGUGAACAACUCACUCUCCUUUUAUGAUUCAUCUAGAAUUUUUGUGAUGUGGAGCGAAUUCAAGGAUGAUAACAUUACUGUUUGUAGAAAGCCACCUUGUACUAUCGACCCAUUGGAAGGCUGUGAUAACGACUAUGGUUUCACUAUGCAAUGGUGGAUUGUUUUUACUUUUCGUUUAGCAUUUAUUCUCAUUUUCGAGGCAAUGGCAAUGGUCAAAGGUGCGGUUGCCUAUGUGAUACCUGAUAUUCCAGCGAACAUUUUCAUUCAACUUCAACGACAGCGUUUCCUUGCACGACAAGCUAGGAUUUCAGACAUUACCUCAGCAGUCAGCGCUCGAAAUGACUUAGAGAGCAAUCAAGAUAAUACAGAAAAAAGUGAGGUGGAUUCUAUGGAUAAUAAACUGGUAUUUCAACCAGGACAAUUCAACAACGAGGAGGCAUCGGCCGAGUUAGAAAUGAUUAUGAAAAGUAAUUUUCACAAACGAGCGCACUCUCUUCUCUCUCUUCAAAGUCACGGAAGUGAUAGUUUUCAUACAUGUCGAAGUUUAGCAGAUUCAGAUGGACUUUAG